AUUCCACGGCGAAUCGGACAUCACUAGAGGAGGGCAGAGGGAGAGAAAUCACAGCCACCACCACCACAACAUGAUCAUCACCCCACAGCCCAAACACACUGGGGUAAAAAAACAACAGUCUUGAGCAUUUAGGACCGAAUCUGAGGUGUGGUCUGGCCCUCGGUGUCUAAACGGACCGUGUUUAUCUCUGUGUUUAAACCGUCAGGGAGUGGAUCUGUCUCGGACGCCAUCUUUAGCAGCAGCAGUAGCCCGGGAGAGUGAGAGCUACUGGGCCAACGUCAACCAGCACCGGGCUGGAGGAAUUUCUCCAGUGGACACUUAUGCUUGACAGCGAUCGAUACGUUUGUCUUGACUGAUUUGGGGUCGGUAGACGUGUUUCAGUCCACUCUGUUUGUUGUUGUUGUGGUCGGAGGAGUUUUCUCGGACUGGCUGCUCAUCUUGGCCUGUUGGGAGGGUUUUGGUCCAUAUGAGGCCACAGUCUUGCAGAUGAGCCAUCAGUGGGGGCUGUCGUGUCGCAGACCCAGAUAGUGACUGGUGGCUGUGGCCCAGGCCCCGCCCCCUCCCAGCAUGCCCAACGCUGCUCGUGCGGGGAGUCUGAAGGACCCCGAGAUCGCAGAUCUCUUUUUUAAAGAAGACCCUGAAAACCUCUUCUCAGACCUGAGAGAGAUCGGUCAUGGCAGCUUUGGUGCUGUAUACUUUGCACGGGAUGUGCGGACCUCGGAAGUGGUGGCCAUUAAGAAAAUGUCAUAUAGUGGAAAACAGUCUAAUGAGAAAUGGCAGGAUAUAAUAAAGGAGGUGAAAUUCCUUCAGAGGAUAAAGCACCCAAACAGCAUAGAGUAUAAAGGAUGCUACCUGCGAGAGCACACAGCAUGGCUGGUUAUGGAGUACUGUCUGGGGUCUGCCUCAGAUCUCCUCGAGGUACACAAAAAACCUUUACAAGAGAUGGAAAUAGCAGCGAUUACUCAUGGUGCUUUGCAGGGGUUGGCGUAUCUUCACUCCCACAACAUGAUUCACAGGGAUAUCAAGGCUGGGAACAUCCUGCUCACAGAGCCUGGACAGGUGAAGCUGGCAGAUUUCGGUUCUGCUUCAAUUGCCUCUCCUGCUAAUUCAUUUGUGGGGACACCUUAUUGGAUGGCCCCAGAGGUGAUCCUGGCCAUGGAUGAGGGUCAGUAUGAUGGGAAAGUUGACAUCUGGUCUCUAGGAAUAACCUCUAUUGAAUUAGCUGAAAGAAAACCACCACUCUUCAACAUGAAUGCAAUGAGUGCCUUAUACCACAUCGCCCAGAAUGAGAGUCCAACCUUGCAGUCCAGUGAAUGGACGGACUACUUCAGAAACUUUGUGGACUCCUGCUUACAGAAGUUGCCCCAUGAUAGACCCAACUCUGAAGAACUGCUGAAACAUGCGUUUGUCCGGCGUGAGCGGCCGAAUUCGGUGCUUAUUGAUCUGAUCCAGCGCACCAAAGAUGCUGUGAGGGAACUGGACAACCUGCAGUACCGCAAAAUGAAAAAGAUCCUCUUCCAGGAGGCCCACAAUGGCCCUGCGGCGGAGGUCCCAGAUGACGAGGAGGAGGUGGAGCACAGUGUUGGCCGCACAGGCACAGUGAACAGUGUGGGCAGUAACCAGUCCAUCCCUAGCAUGUCCAUCAGCGCGAGCUCACAGAGCAGCUCGGUUAACAGCCUGCCUGACGCCACAGACGAUAACAAGAGUGAGGUGGACCUGAUGGAGAAAGACCAAACCAUCAUACCCAACAGUUCCAUGAUUCACGUCAAACCGGAGGAAGAGAGCUACCAGGAAGAAACCGAGGCUAAGAAACAGCCCUCAGAGCCUCAGUCUCCCCCCACACAGACACCAAGGCGUCAAUACCGGAAUCGAGAGCACUUUGCCACCAUUCGCACAGCCUCCCUGGUGACACGUCAGAUUCAAGAACACGAGCAGGACUCUGAGGUGCGUGAGCAGAUGUCUGGCUACAAACGAAUGCGCAGGCAGCACCAGAAACACCUUCUGGCCCUCGAGAACAGGCUGAAGGGCGAGAUGGACGAGCACAGACUCAAGCUAGACAAAGAACUGGAGAACCAGAGGAACAGCUUUGCUGCUGAGAUGGACAAACUAAUCAAGAAGCACCAAUGCACCAUGGAGAAAGAUGCCAAGACUUUUUCCAACAAUGAAAAGAAAUUCCUGCAGCACAUUCAGAGCCAGCAGAAGAAGGAGCUCAAUAGCUUCCUGGAGUCUCAGAAACGAGAGUACAAACUGCGCAAGGAACAGCUCAAAGAGGAGCUAAAUGAGAACCAGUCCACACCAAAGAAGGAAAAGCAGGAGUGGCUGUCCAAGCAGAAGGAGAACUUCCAACACUUCCAGGCAGAGGAGGAGGCCAACCUACUUCGCCGGCAGCGGCAGUAUUUGGAGCUUGAGUGCCGCAGAUUCAAACGGCGAAUUCUCAUUGCACGUCACAACGUGGAGCAAGAUCUAAUGAGAGAGGAGCUGAAUAAGCGUCAGACCCAGAAGGAUCUAGAGCACGCCAUGCUGCUCCGACACCAUGAGUCUAUGCAGGAGCUGGAGUUCAGACACCUCGGCAACAUCCAGAAGAUGCGUGCGGAGCAGAUCCGCCUGCAGCACCAGACAGAGCUCACCAACCAGCUGGAGUACAACAAGCGGAGAGAGAGAGAGCUCAGACGCAAACAUGUAAUGGAAGUCCGACAGCAGCCCAAGAGCCUCAAGUCCAAAGAGCUCCAGAUCAAGAAACAAUUCCAGGAUGCAUGUAAGACCCAGACCCGGCAGUACAAAGCCCUGCGAAACCAGCUGCUGGAGAGCAUACCAAAACCCGAACACAAGACCAUGCUGAAGAGACUGAAGGAAGAGCAAACCAGGAAACUAGCAAUCCUCGCUGAACAGUAUGACCACACCAUCAACAACAUGCUCUCCACACAGGCUUUGCGUCUAGACGAGGCGCAGGAGGCAGAGUGUCAGGUGCUGCGGAUGCAGCUGCAGCAGGAGCUGGAGUUGUUGAAUGCAUAUCAGAGUAAGAUCAAAAUGCAGACGGACGCUCAGCAGGAGCGAGAGAGGAAGGAACUGGAGCAGAGAGUGUCCCUCCGGAGAGCCCUACUGGAGACUAAGAUCGAAGAGGAGAUGUUGACCCUGCAGAACGAGCGCACAGAGCGGAUCCGUAACCUGCUUGAGCGCCAGGCCCGAGAAAUCGAGGCCUUCGACUCAGAGAGCAUGCGCUUGGGCUUUAGCAACAUGGUGUUGGCUAACAUCUCUCCUGAGGGCCUCAGCCACAGCUUCCCAGGGGCCCCGGCCAGUUGGAUCCCCCAUCAGCAUCACUCAGAUGGCUCUCAGGGAACACAGUGGGGCAGCAGCACUGGUUCAGGGGCCGGCCACCACUACCACUCCAGUCCGGGAGGAGCACAGGCCCAGCAGGGCUGGGGCCAAGCCAUCCCAGGAGGUGGGCUUCCUCCAUGGAGCCACUCCCCCUCGGGCCCCCAAGGGGCCAUGCCAAAAAGCAGCGUGGGGAUGCGGAACAGCCCUCAGGCACUAAGAAGGACCACUUCAGCAGGACGCACUGAACAGGGCAUGAGUAGGAGCACCAGCAUCACAUCUCAGAUAUCCAACGGUUCGCACCUGUCCUACACAUAGACACCAGUGCAUUUGUGCCAACCCUGCACACACAAACACACACAGGGUAGAGGAACGCACUGGCCCACACUAAAGACUGGCACAGAGAGCAGAGCCAACUGCACUCGUCUACCCAUCUCCCUCUAUCCCCCUUUUCUUUUCCUUUGCUUUCUCAUUUCACAUGCAGACAUGUAUGUAAACGAUAGCAAAUAUCGCUCAGGUCAGAAGAAAUUCUAACUUUGUAUGAAGCUUGUUUGACGGCCAUGCAGAGCUAAAGUCAAAAACACUAGUCUGAUUUAAAGCUCACUUGAUGAGAUUCAUUUAAUAUAGUACAUAUUACAGAGAAAGAUAUAUAUAUAUAUAAAUGUGUAUAAAAUAGAUGUUUAUUAAUUUAGCUUUAGUCCACUUAAAGUGUGGAUUCAUAAAUCAAAAGGAUGUUAAAAGGAGAUGUUGGCCAUUAUUCUUGAGCAUAAUGAUUACAUAAGUAUAAAGUCUAAGCUGUCAGCCUGCUGUCAUGCUCUUAGGAAAAAUAAUUUGGGUUUUAAUAAAACAAAGAAAUGUAUUUUGUGUGUUCAGUAUAUGGAUUAGGAAGAGAACUGGCCAAACUGUUGAUUUCAAGUGAAAGUGUUUUAGUUGUCAGAUUUUUAGGUCGGAAGAUUCAUAUGCAGAGAAGAUUUAGGAGUUUGCCUACAUCAAGUACUGUGCUGAAAUGAAUGUGAAAAAAAAAAAUAGGUUCAAAACUUGACUUUUGUUACUUGUUUAGUCUGCAAGUUAAGGUCAAUGGGUCUGUCUUGCCCAAGCAGUGUGUUUUAAGAUUUUUAACAGUGCAGUCGAGCACAAAUAUGUUCAUAUAUCCAGCAUACUUUUUAUUUAGUCUGGACUUGCAUUAAGCAACCUAAUUAUAGCCAGACAACCUGUCUUCAGUCCUCAUAGCCUUUUGAUGCAUCCUUUUUUUAUUAGGUCAGCCAGCUUUCAUCUGGAUGAGGUGUCCAGACACGUUUAGAUGUGGUGCUUUCUUGAUUAUUUGUUUUAUGUGUAGGUGUGCAAUGCCUGCUUAAAUAUAUCGGAUAUACUUUCAGUGCCUUCAGUGUGUUAAUUGUUUAAUUACUCAGUAGAGACAUGCCAGAAUUAAUGUUUUCAUGUAGCUAAAAAAGAACCACUUCCAUAUUUAGUUUAAUCAUGUUCCCCAAGCUAAUGAAGGGACAGUAUUGGUCAGUUUGAGAAGAGUGUAUGCUGGUGUGAAUAUAUUUGGCUGUACACCUAAAUAGGAGCUUAUAUUAUCCCACUUUGUAAUGCUAAACUCUUAUGUUGAUAAACUUUUGAGGUGCCUUUGAAUAGCUGCCAAGCAGAAGCACUUUAUUUAGUGUGUUGUGUUUGAGGAUUUUUAUGGAACUAUGGAAAUGGCUAAUGCAGCUGUAAACUGUAGUGUGUGAUGGCGGAUGUCCAGUAUUUUUACUGUUACUCUUUUAAAAGAAUUCUGUGGUCAAUUUAAGGAAGUGCUAGAUAUGAAUUUGUCAGUGGUUUUAGUACAGUACUGUCAUGAUUUAUCAAAUGAAAUGAAUGCAGAAACUGUUUGAAUGUAUUCUGUCCUCCAUCAGGUUCGUGUCAUGUAUUUGACACUGUAGGAAUGUAAGGAAUGGUAGGAGCAUGAACGACUUCCUUUUUUUCCCUGUAGGUCAUGACAGCAGGCUUUAUGUGACACUAAACUGGCUCUUUUGGAGCAGGCAAACACUCUUGAUUUAGUCUCAUGACUUCCACACUAAAUAACAAAUGGUGUGUUCUCCAUUUCAUGCUCCUUCACUACCAGUCAAAAGUUUGGACACAUCUACUGCUUAUUUUUUAUUACUAUUUUACAUAUUUUAAAUAAUAGUAUAUUACACUACCAUUAAAAAGUUUGGGAACAUUUUUUCAAUAAAAUUAUUAAAUGUUAUUUAAUAUGACUGUUUUCUGUUUUAAUAUAUUUUAAAAUGUAAUUCAUUCCUGUGAUGGCAAAGCUGAUUUUAAUUUGUUAGCCUGAUUUUAAUUUGAAUUACGCUGGUUCAUAUUUUUGUGGAAAUCAUGAUACAAUUAUUUCAGGAUUCUCUAAUAAAUAGGAAAGUCAAAAGAACAUCAUUUAUUUGAAAUAGAAAUCCUACACCGGAUAACAUUUAUAAAUUGUCACUUUUGAUCAAUUUAAUGAGUCAAAAUUAUUUCUUAAGAAAUAUUACUGACCUCAAACUAUUGAAUAGUAGCGUACAUUAGAGGAGUGUCAUUUCAACCAAACAGCUUUUGCCAAGUAGAUUCUUAAUGUUUUAUGUAUUAAAAUUCUUGAAGAAUCAAGUUCCUACACAGCUUUUCACUACAUGUGCACAAGAAAAUAUUGCAUAUUAUACCUACACUUAAGUUUACAAAAGCAUGGGAGAAAUGCCAAGCAGAGACGUUUGUGUGUGUUUGAUGACUCACAUAUUUUCAUUUUUUUUAAUCAGUUCAAUCUAAACGAUUCAUAGUAAUGGGAAGGUUAAUGGCCAAAUUCUCUCAGUGUAGUUCAUGAGGUGCAUCCCGGGAUUCUUUUUAAAUAGUAUCGAAGGAGUUAGCACACUUGCAUUAAGUCAGGGGUGUCCAUCUUUGACUGGUAGUGUCGUCUGUAACGUAUGUUUUUUAUGAAAUCAAUAGCUGCCUCAAAGAUUUACCAGCCAAAAAGGAUAUUUUCUCCCUCAUUUGUUGGCUGUUAUAAGCAACUGAGAUGACCAAGUCCAUGAGUAGAAUUUCCUCUCAGACACGCGGGGCUCUUCUCCCCCUCUCCCCCUGCUCUCUUUCUGUCCUCUGUGCCGCCCAUACCGCAGGUGUCAGUGCCCAGUAUUGUGAGGAUAUGAUCUGUGCUGCCGAUGGCCCUGCAUGCCCUCACUCUCCCCAGCUGAUUCACACGCCAUCACUCUGGAUCCAGUAUUUCAACGCACGGAUGCCUGAAUGCACUUUCUUGGGGGAACUUCUCAAGCAAACUCUUUGUUUUCCCAAGCGAGUUUAUCUUGUUGGUUUGCUUUACAUCACUCUGACUGCAGGAGUCACGUUGACCGAUGCAUUCUUGUGAAAUUCUUACUCAUGUUUUAACAUUUCUGAUGGAGUACAAUGUUACCCCUCCCUCUUUUGUUUCCAUUGUGCAAUCAUUAGUGAAAACAAAACUCUCCAGGCAGAACGUGUGUCUCCCCUUUCAAUAAUAUCUGGCUGUAAUGUGAACGAGCGAGUAUACAGUGUACCUAACAAACUCUAAAGUCGUCUUCUGGGGAGAGUGUUCAUAUUGUAUAUUUGGUUUAAAAUAAAGAUUUAAAAUGCAUAGAAAUGAACUAAAUCGAUGGCAGUGUACGUUCGAUCAAGAUUCUCUGCGCUUUUAAAGGAGUUUCUGGCCUGUGUACAAGGAGCCUUGGGGCUCCGGGGCCUCCGAGUUGAACUUCAGGGAGUAGUGUGUGUUUACACGUCACCUCUGCACACUUUGUGUUUCCAUUUGUAUUAGAAAAUCUGUCUGUUGAUCACAGGAACGUUUUGGGUGCUCUUUAUUCUGAAUCCUCCAUUCGUGCGAAUGUCAGAAGGUGCAGCAGAAGAGCUAUAAAAGGCACAGAAAAAGAUGCAAAUGUUUCUAUUUUGGAUCCUCCCAUAGGUCAUGAUCAUAUUUUGUAACACACAAAUGAUCCAUUUUGUUUGUUUUUUAAUACCUUUUGGGUGAGGGCUGUUUGAAUUUGGUUGGCAUUACUCAUAACUGUGUCAUACCUGCCACUGAUAUAGAUUACACAUCUUAUUUUUUAUUUUAUCCUAGAUUGAAACUUGUCCUACUGACUGAAUUUAGGGGAUAUGUAAGUAAUACUGAUAUAUCAGAAAUAUUAGAUUGAAAUGCAAACUUAUUUUCUAAAUAAUGGAGGUUCAACCUCUGGUCAAACACUGUGCCAUCCCACAGCUGCCAUGCCCGGUCACUACUGCGUUGUCUCCUCUCCUGUUGACAGGCUAUGAAAAAGUGAUGGAUAUUUCAGUUCUGAUGGACCUGGACACUCCUAUCGCAAACACUACAAAGAAACACAACAGGGAGCGAUAGAGAGGGGCUGGUCUACAGGGAAGGGCUACAUUUCUUGUAAAAGAACAUCAGUAUUCAUUUGCGGUGGUUGAAACGGCACACUAAUGUAUUGCGUACUGAAUUUCUUUUGAAAAGUAGCGUGCUAGCGUGCCGUUUCUCACACAACCAUUGUCCUCUGGCUCAGCAUCACCACUAUAACUCAUAUGUAACCUGUAUCAAAAUGUAUAGAUCGUGUAUCAUGUUAUUGAAUGUCUAAAAAAGAUUAUACAAAAAGUUUAAAAAUACAGAAUAAAUGGCUUGAAAUUGUGUUAAAAGUAUUCAUGAAUCAGAGAAAACAAAUAUCUAGAGAUAAAUGAACUAUUUUUUUUUUUUUCCUGUUCUGUAAUUACUGUUGUGUUGGAGAAACACUGGUCAGAGGAUCCGCUGUAAUAAAAGUACAUUUAGUACAACA